CGCUGGAGUAGCUCUCGAGAAAAUGCGCGGGGACGGGAGUGGUCAACCCGUCAACCUGGUCCGCGCAAAAUAUGGCCGAGCACGAUACGCGUAGAGGCAGCGCCAACUCUAGUUAUGUUCGCGACGUUUUCCAAAUUAAAUGUUCCAUGAACGACAAAUUGCGCAUCUGAGAGGCGUCGGAUGAGAGAGCGUCGUCCGGGUAACACGCUGCGAGACGUAUCGCGAGCUCGGCGCGGCCCCUCGAGUGACGACAAGCGAUCUGAGUGCGCGAGUCCGACGCAAGUGUCCCGGCCGUUGGAACCUCCGACGUGUACUCCGCCAAAACUGAAUUUUCUGGACCUUCUACCCUUCCUCUUUUCCUCCCCGAUUUCCAGUUCAAUCGUCGAACUACAGCAAUAACAUACGUUGAAUGGACACUAAUAUAAUCAGGAUACAUAUAUGUGUUAACGAUGACUAUGAUAUUCGAUUUUCUCAAGAAAAUCUUCGGAUGGUUGGAUGAGGACUCGAAGAAACGGAGAGCAUCCGAGGACUGCAACUUCGAGGAGGAAUAUAUAGCGCCCAAGAGAUUUAAACCUAACUGCAACGUCGCGCGUACAAUGGACCAGUAUUUCACCGUCGACGACAGCGACGACGAAGACAUCGUCUGUCUGGGCGAACAGAAGUGCUCACCGAUAAGACCGUGCACGCAACUGAACGGCACUCAUAAAAAACAGCCGCAGUCUUACAAGUAUUAUAAAGUCAUGUCUCCCAGCUGCCAGGCUGACAGCUCCUGGCUGCACGAUAAGGAGUCCUUUGUACAUUACAAGAACAGUACGCCGAACACCUGUCACAAGUCUAUCACGUUAUCCAAGACUAAUCAGUUGAGGGAGAAAUAUCAGUAUGAAGAGAUGCUGCAAAAUUUGCUUCCAAAUAGAAUACAAAUAUUAAUGGAUAAGCACACGGAGCACGCACCCGCGCGCAAAUCCGUAGAAGUGAUAGAUCUAGAAAAGUCGGAAGUGCCCAUGUCCAACAAGUUUCAUUCGUCUAAUAAAACGUGCAGGCACAGUUUGCCGAUGACAACGUCAUACUGUAGAGAAAGUGUGUCAACCUGUGCUAGGAUAGACAAAGUUCCUACUUCAAGCUACGGCGAGAAGGACGUCCCGGUGUAUCUGCAGUCGAAAAUAAUUACAAUUGAUAAACCCAGCACCAGUGGUGUGGCGCAGCAACGUGCCCCCACGUCGAAGUUGGCCCUCAAAGUCGCCGCGACUAAUUCGUUGCGCGACGAGCUGGCCGCGAAAGCUGUCAUGCGACAAGACUUCAUCCCACAAGUUACUAAAAGGUACAACGAACGAAUCGAGCAACGGCACAGAGAGGCCGAAGAACUGAAGAAGAUGACGUGCGUCCUGUCGAAGCACAACCGAUACGCGCGAGAGGCGGCUCUGGAGGAACAACUGGCGCGUUCUAUGAAGCUGUACCUGGCCGUUCUGGAUGACAGGGAAGAGCCGGAGGAGCCGGCACUGCCGACGUUGACCGAUGAUAUGCUGCGAGAGGUGAGAAGCGCCAUCUCGCCGGGUAUGCCGAGCGAGGUUCUUGCGGAAGGCUUUGGUCUGAGGAUUACGCGGAAGGAUCUCUACACACUGGCAGACUUGAACUGGCUGAACGAUGAAGUGAUUAACUUCUACAUGAAUCUGUUGAUCGCAAGAGGUACAUCGUCUGACAAGUAUCCGAAGGUGCACGCGAUGAACACGUUCUUUUACCCGAAACUUCUGUCGGGCGGCCACGCGUCUCUGAAGCGGUGGACCAGGAAGGUGGACAUAUUCGCGCAGGAUCUUAUGGUUGUGCCUGUACACUUGGACAUUCACUGGUGUAUGUCGAUAGUAGAUUUCCGGGACAAAUCGAUUACCUAUUACGACAGUAUGGGCAGCAGUAAUCCGAAAUGUCUGGUAGCGCUGAAACAAUAUUUACAGGACGAGAGUCUAGACAAAAAGAAGCAGUCUUACGAUAUGAGGGACUGGAAAUUGCAGUCCGCCAAGAACAUUCCGCAACAGAUGAACGGCAGCGAUUGUGGCGUGUUCUCGUGUAUGUUUGCCGAGUACGCCUGCGGAAACAAGAAGAUAACAUUCACGCAGGACGAUAUGCCGUACUUUAGGAACAAAAUGGUUUACGAGAUACUGAAGGGUAAACUCCUGUAAGGAGCAUCGUUGUUACUUCGAUAAGUUGAAUGAAAUAGACAAUGCUAGCGAGGAACUCCAGAUUAAUAAUAUUAUAUAAAACUGUACUGUAUAAAACGUGUUUAUUUUGUAUAAUAAUUAUAAUUCGGUAUUUGAAAAAUUUUUUCGUUGAACAACCAAGACUAAACUCCAUUUCUACCAAUGCGGAUUAACUUUGAUCUCGGUUUAACGUUUUAUCUUGUUCUAGUUUCAGGAAUAUAAAAAGAUGGAAAGUAACUUAAACCGAGAUUAAGCUACGUUUGUAGAAAAGUGGACAUUAUUCUAUAAAUGUUAACAACAUUACAUGCUUUGCGCAGACAUAUACCAGAAAAGCUGCGCAAAGCACAUAAUGUUAUCGCUUACAGAAUAGGGCCUUAAUAAGUAAUAGUUUCAUCUAGAGAUCGUGGAUAAAAAAUUGCGAUAGUUUUCAUUUUUUUCAAUUGCUUAAAAGUGGCGAGGACACUUAUUUUUAUAAUGCCAAAUUACCGAGAGGAAAUUCUUCUGUCCACGAUCGUAGGCCACACUUUCAGACUAACUUGUAUAUUUUUUAUUCUUGGAAUUGAUUUAUGUACAAAGUUAAAAUUGUCAUAAUCUUAUUGAUAAAUUUCGAUUACGCGCACCUAAUAUAACGAAAGCGCGUAAUCAUUUGAUUGACUUAGAUAGAACACAUGAAAAAAAAUAAAUGAUUCCAAUGAAUAUAUUUGGCAGACAUUAUAAUAUUUUCGAUUCCUCAAUAAUUAUAUCAUCUAUCUAACGCUAAUUUAUUGUGAUCUAAUAAAUGUAACAUAUUUA